AUUCAUUGACAAUGACGUGCGCAUUGCUCUAGGUCCCCUUCCAUAUCCUUCCUUUCUCCCUGAUCUUUCUGGAUGCAAGAUUUACAAGUUUCUUCGAACUUGAGCAUAUGGUUUAUUUAGUUGUCUUUCUUCAAAACUCUAAGUAAUCUAUAUUCAUCGUUCGACCUGAAUUAUAAUUCAGUGUAAAACAUUUAUAUUCGUAAUUGUUUCCUAUGUUGUAGGAGGUUGGGAAUUCACUCUGCCUUAACUUUAACUGGAGGUCAGGCAAAUCUAUCUUAUAAUAAUGCAUAAACCAUCAAUUAAAUCCAACUACUCCUCGAAAGGCUAUCCCAUUUAGAGACGAUAUACACGGACAAGGCUUCCCUACAAGCCUACAAAGCGCUGCUCUCGGACGGUUUUAGGGACUAACGACUAUCUGCACGUGGACUUCAGAGGAACUUGAGGUUUUGCGCGAGAGAAAAACAUUUCCGAACUGGAUCCGGCAUAAAGAUAUCGACUCCCUGACGCAUAUGGUGCCAGUCACUUUCAUGAGUUCAAAAUCAACUAACCAGUGAUUGCUGGGUGCUGGGGAUUUAAUCUUUCUGUUCAUAUGGCCUGUGUGUGAUGUUCCAAAGACCUGCUCCACUCCCCUGUGCUCUUCUAUCAGCCAGACCUGACACACUCAUUCAUCUAAAUCCUAUGCAACUUGAAUCUACAUGUUUAAUUCAUCCUAAAAUGAGGCGAACCCCACACGCUGACAUGGAGGGCUUUCUUCGUAGCAGCUUUUUACUGAGCAGAAUAAUGUCUUCCAAGCAAGCCACCUCUCCGUUUGCCUCCGUCGCCGAUGGGGAGGAAGCCAUGAGUCAGGACCACCUGUCCUGGGAUAAGGAGGAGAGUGCCGAGGCCCACGGGACGCCCCAGCUGCCCCUGCACAGCCUGCUCCACAGCAAGGGCACCAUGGACGAACUGCAGCCCCUCAGCAGUGUCCCUCCAGAGAGUGACUGGGACAGCAUGGUGUCAGCCCAGCAGCGCAUGGAAUCUGACAGCAAUAAAGUAUGUUCCCUGUACUCCUUCCGGAAUAACUCAACCUCCCCACACAAGCCUGAGGAGGGGGCCCGGGAGCGCGGUGACCUGCUGAGCGGAUCUGCGUUCGGAACGCCGGAGCGCCGCAAAGGAAGCCUGGCCGACGUGGUGGACACACUGAAGCAGAAGAAGCUGGAGGAGAUGACAAAGACAGAGCAAGAUGAAUCCAGUUGCAUGGAAACACUUCUGUCAAAAGACUGGAAAGAGAAGAUGGAAAGGCUCGACACCAGUGAUCUUCUGGGAGAAGUUAAAGGUACUCCAGAGAGCCUGGUAGAGAAGGAGCACCAGCUGAGCACCAUGAUCACUCAGCUGAUCAGCCUGAGAGAGCAGCUCCUGGCCGCUCACGAUGAGCAGAAGAAGCUGGCCGCCUCACAGAUGGAGAAACAGAGACAGCAAAUGGAGCUGGCCCGCCAGCAACAGGAACAGUAUUAUGAAGAAGGGUGUUCCAUGAUUGCCAGACAACAGCAGCAGCUUCUGCAGCAGCAGCACAAAAUCAAUAUCCUCCAGCAGCAGAUUCAGGUCCAGGGUCACAUGCCUCCGCUCAUGAUUCCCAUUUUUCCACACGACCAACGCACCCUGGCAGCUGCUGCCGCAGCCCAGCAGGGCUUUCUCUUCCCACCGGGAAUCUCUUACAAGCCAGGUGACAACUACCCGGUGCAGUUCAUUCCAUCCACAAUGGCAGCUGCGGCAGCGUCAGGACUCAGCCCCCUCCAGCUUCAGCAAUUGUAUGCCGCCCAGCUUGCCAGCAUGCAGGUCUCUCCUGGAGCCAAGAUGCCGCCACUCCCCCAGCCUCCCAACAACAGCCGGCCCAUCUCUCCAUCCGGCCUGAAGAACGACAAGAGAUCCUCCAGCCCUAUCACUCAAGUCAAGGAGGAGGGAACGCAACCUCUCAACCUGUCUGCCCGGCCCAAGACGGCAGAGCUGGUCAAGUCCCCCACGUCCCCCACACACAGCCUGUUCACAGGCAGCAAGACCAGCCCCAACAGCCUGUCCAAGAGCGGCAUCCCCAGUCCCCUCGGAGGCAUGGGCCGUGGGUCUUCUCUGGACAUCCUGUCCAGCCUGAACUCCACAGCGCUGUUCGGGGACCAGGAUGCGGUGAUGAAGGCUAUCCAGGAGGCCAGGAAGAUGAGAGAACAGAUCCAGAGAGAGCAGCUGCAGCACCACCAGCAGGGCAUGGAGGCCAAGCUCUCUGCCCUCACAGGCAUGGGCCUCAACAACUGCAGCAGGGCUGACAAGAGCUGGUUCACUGAGUACAUUGAGCGGGCACACUUUGAGAGCCUUGGUCACCAUCUUAGCAAACUGGGCGAGGAUGGCAAAAUUGGCCACAGAGUCAUCGACCUCACCAGGCCAGAGGAUCUGGAUGGGUGGAAAGCUCUGAAUGGCUCUGGUACCGGAGCAGAUAAACCACAACAGUAUUAUUGUUGGCCUACAGGAGGUGCCAGCACAGCCGAGGCACGGGUCUACAGAGAAGCCCGGGGGAGGAACAGCAACGAGCCCCACAUCAAGAGACCCAUGAACGCCUUCAUGGUGUGGGCCAAAGAUGAGCGCCGCAAGAUCCUCCAAGCCUUCCCAGACAUGCACAACUCCAACAUCAGCAAGAUCCUGGGCUCUCGCUGGAAGUCUAUGACCAACCAGGAGAAGCAGCCGUUCUAUGAGGAGCAGGCCCGUCUCAGUAAGAUCCACCUGGAGAAGUACCCCAACUACAAGUACAAGCCCCGGCCCAAGAGGACCUGCAUCAUCGACGGGAAGAAGCUGCGCAUCGGCGAGUACAAGCAGAUGAUGCGCUCGCGACGGCAAGAGAUGAGGCAGUUCUUCACUGUGGGGCAACAACCGCAAAUCCCCAUCAGCACCAACGCCGGCGUGGUCUACCCUGGGGCCAUAACCAUGGCAACGACCACACCCUCCCCUCACAUGACGUCGGAGUGCUCCAGCGCCUCAGCAAGCCCGGAGCCGACCAUUCCCGUCAUCCAGAGCACCUACAACAUGAAGAUAGAGCCCAGUGCCAUGUUAACCAACGUCCCCAUCAUCAACGGAGAGGUAGAUGAGAUGGACAUGUACGAGGACUUUGACGAGGAGCCCAAAUCGGACUACAGCAGUGAGACUGAGACACUGGAGCCCAUCGUCAGCGCCAACUGAGGCCUCUCAACACACGAGCCGAGACAUACACACAUUCGUACUGGAGAACCAUCCCCAGGGCGGAAGACUGACUGAAGGAGGAGAAACAGAAGAACAAAAAAGUACAGAACAAAAAUAAAUGGUUCUGUUGAUUUAUGAUUUAGGAGCCUGCAUGCAUAUGUGGCUCCGUCAGAAUCAACAGCUAAAGGUCUUAAAUGUUUCUUACAGUGUGUGAAGCAGUUUGGGUUAGUUCCUUUUGUUUUUUAUUAUCUCAUCGUUUAUUUUGAGUGUUUUCUUCAUGGACAUUUACACAAUUAGGUUAUUGCCUGUACAACUUUGGAUGACAGGACUUGAAAUGUACCGUUUGAUAUGAAUCCAUAAUUCUUACAGUCUUACUUUUUUUCUUAUGGUAUACAUAUUUUUUUCUCUUCAGUUAAAUGCUUUUAAUAGAUUUCAUUACUGUUUUUGAUGGGAGUUAUAUAUUCUCACUCAGGUAUGCUGUGCCAGCCAACAGCUUGUGAAUGUUUUAAAUCUGAAUUUAUUUGAAACUAUUUAGAAAACAAAAUAUUUGGAAAUUCAUAUUAACUAAAAACAAACAAACAGAACAAUUCCACAAUUCUGAGACAUAAUCAGACUCCCUUAUUAUUAAUUGUAUUAGUAUUAUUAUUAGAAUAAUUAUUAUUGGUAUUAUUAACAUACUGUACAAUUUUGUGCAGAUGUGCCAAACAUUUCAAGGGUUCUUUCUCUUAAAUAAUUUGUUUGAGUCUCGAGGGAGAGACUCGAGUCUUAGACAAUCUCUUAAUAUCUUAGUGCGGCCUCAAAAUCCAGUUUCUUUAUAUACCUUCUAUAUUGAAACACUCAGGAAUCUGGAGACAGUGUGCUGUGUCUAGGGCAGGAACAGGAAGUGAUGCAAUAGCUUCAGAUGUGGUUGUUCAUAAUGGCAGCUGUUCUCCAUAGAGACCAAUGCGGUGACCAACAGGCCCUUCUCUCCCUGUCCCUCUCCAGCUCAUGUCACCAGCCCAGUCUAACACAGAGCACUAUAACACUCCCCUCACACUCUCUGCUCAUUCUUCAACUCAGUCUUACCAAGUUCUUAAUCAGAGUGAUUGUAAUCAGGCCAGAAUUCCAAGGGGCCAAAGGCAUCCAAUCUGUGGGAUUGGAAAGGCAGCGAAAGGCAGCUUUGGGGGCAUUAUAAUCACAAAUUGCUGUUUUACAAUGUGUAGCUACAGUACAUUUGGUUGAACACUUUAGCCCCUACUGGGGCGGCAAGUUUUAAAGUCUUUGGUCUUUCUUUUUUUGUUAAAUCUUAAGUAUUUUUUCGACAUUGUAAAUCUAAAAUUGACACGGGAAGGUCUUAAAGCAGAGUUAACUACUGCAGCAGUCUUAAGAGAAGAGGCAGUGUGUGAGGGAAUAACAUCGUGGUUUUAUUAAAGGAGGGUUACAGACAAGGUAUUACAUUCUAACAAGUCAUAUUAAACACAACAGUAUUUCAUUCAUAAGCCACACCAGAUCUGAGAUGGUGAUUCUCUACAUUCAUGCACUUAGAUAUUAACACUUACUACUUCAUUUUUCAACUAAGUUAAUAUUUUAUAUUGAACAAAAUUUGUGUUGUUUUAUAAUGACCAGUUGCCUAUUUUACAUAAAGUUAAACUUAAGUAUUUUAGAGCAAUUGAAAAUGCACUUCUGUAUUUUAUUUACAUACAGACAACGAAUAUGAAAUAUAACACAAUCAAUCAGCUCUUAAUCUUGUGACAAUCAGUCACAAACUGAAAGUCCUUUACCUCUUGAAUGGUUAUUUUAUUAGUUGAACAGAUCCCAGGUUGUUACCUAUGGAGAAACAGCUAGAGAUGGCCAGCAGUCAAGGCCUUACUGUCCAUAAUACAGCCCUCCUACAGGCCAGAAGGACUAAGUACCUCCCUCUCUGCCCUGCCCCUGCCCUGUCUCGACCCCUGCCCAUGGCAACCCCCACACCCAGGGGGUGCCAUCUGGAGUGGCACGCAGUGCGAGGCUGGGGAGAGGAGAGAGGGGGAACAAUAAGGACGGGGCACGUAGCGCUUAUUGUGCUCUCCAUCAAAGCACAGACAGUGAGGCCUCCACCCCGUCUCCCGCCCUGGCCCAGCCACUAGGCGCUGGCGAGCAGAUGGAACAAGUACAUCAAGCUGUGGGGGAUUAUUAAAAUGACUGACGAGUGGAUAUCAUCUCAAAUGCAGCAUUAUUAAUGCAUGAGCCCGGCUAUUCUCCUCCGUGCCCUUGAACCUGUCCAUUUCAGACCAAGCCCAGGGGUUUAAAAUGAUCUAAAUGGCUGGUCACCAGCGCUGGCUGUCUGCAUGGCCAGGACUCCCUCCUACUGCUGGUCACUGCAUUACUCUCCCAGGUCUAAUUGAUACAGAUGGCUCUUUAGUACUUUUAAUUUUACAUUCAGAGCUGGCUUUUAUUGUGUUGUGUCCACGUUUGAAAGCAUUUAUCUUAAGUCUUAGAAGUUUUUAAGCACCUCAUUAUUAAUUUCCAUUUCAGUUUCUUUUUCUUUUUUUGGUUGGUUGGUUUCUUUGUUGCUAUUGUUGUUUUAAGGUACAAUGCUUUUUUCUAGGAUUUCCUCCCAUACACAAACCUAAACGGAUUUCCCUCCAGGUCCACAUGUCUAGGUUUUUAAGCUGUUACUUCUGUUUGCUGGUUGAUUGGUUGAUUUGUACGUGAUUUGUACAUAUUUCUAUGUCCAUGCCAAACCAAUUCAGUGGGCUGGUAGUUACAAAAGGACUGUUGAUAGGACUGAAACUUGACUGCGCUUGUAUAACAAAAAAAUUACAAAAAAACGAAGAACUUAUAUCUCGCAAGGAGUCAAAGUGUUAUAAGCACUGGAUAUAAAUUGUAUUUUUAUCAAUUCUGACUAAUGUGAAGCUGUUGUACCAGAAAAAAACCUGAAUGAACAAAAGUCACAACGACUUGGACUCGUGGGCUCGUUCUCACAGUUACCAGAUUUGAAUACUUUUUCAGUCGACUUGUUUUGUUUAUUUAUGCAAAGACAUGUGUAGUGAAUGAACACUUUGUCUAAGCUCCAGGGCCACCAAGGGGAGAGAGACAGCGCGCGAGAGAGACUGAGCAGUAAACUCGACAGAAGGCUUGCAUAGUAACUGGUUAGCUGAGAAACACCGGAUUUCAGACACGCAUUUUAUUGGUCACAUAUGUUUUGUGUUGUAUAUUGUAUUUGAAGCUAUAUAGUGAGUAUAGACAUUUUAUUGUAUUUAUUAGCCACUGUUGGCUCUAAAAUUGUCAGUAGAACAUAAUGAAAGGACAAUCAGAGAGAAAAAAAAGAUGUUUAAUGAAUUGGAGCUUCAUUUUUCAGUAAAUUCACCAUUUCAUUAUAGAUUUUAUUGUAAAUACAACAUAGGAAAUAGAAUUAUAUUUUUGUUCAUAAGUACUUAGUGAAGUAUAAGUUAUGUAUUUGACUGUUAUUUUUUUCUUCCUUUUUUUUUUUACAUCAGUGUAUGUGGAUCCAUGUUCUUAAAACUGACAAGUCACUGUACGUCAUGUAGAUGCUGAAUAUUUCUCCCAGUUGAAGAGAGCAGUAUUGGACGGUUGAGGAGAGCGGUAUUGGACGGAGCUGUAGCUGAGAUAGACAGACAGGCCUCUUCUUGCUAGCGUUUCAAUGACCUCCCUCAGACAAUUCAAGGAGCCAAUCAAAACCCAAGCUGUAUUCCUUAGCCUUGGACAUUAAGGACAAACAUUUUUUAAAUAAAUAACUUCAUUUUUAUUUAAUUACAUGCACAGCCGGUACAAAUAAAGUACUCUGUAUCUUUCAUAGGGACAGUGCUAAAAUUCAUCUGAACAACAAGCCGUUAAGAUGUAUAUGUUUUUAUUAUACAACUUGCGUUUGCAAUCAUGACUCAAUCCUAGACAUACCUUAUCGCUUGUGUUUUGUGUUUUUCACAGCCCUCAGUGGUUAUACUGUUAUGUGUCAAAUUUGAACGGAGAGGUUGAUAGUAGCAUAAAUUAAUAGCUACAUUUUAAUUGCACAUCUGCAUGCAUUUGUUACAUUUAAAAUUAGAAUGACACAAGAGGAUGUUAUUCAUUGGCAAUUUUACACAAAUGAGGUUCUUGGGGAGCUGAAAAUGAAGGGAGUGUGCAAAUAUUUAUUAGUUUUAACGUGGCACAAUGCAGAGCCACUUGUGUGUAUUCUAGGCCUAUACUCUUUUUGUCCUUUUCUAUGUGUUGCUGACCUUUUUAAAGGUAGCCCAUCCAGCCAUCAGCAAAGUGUAGUCAUGACCUUUUCUAUGUGUUGCUGACCUUUUUAAAGGUAGCCCAUCCAGCCAUCAGCAAAGUGUAGUCAUGACCUUUUCUAUGUGUUGCUGACCUUUUUAAAGGUAACCCAUCCAGCCAUCAGCAAAGUGUAGUCUUGACCUUUUCUAUGUGUUGCUGACCUUUUUAAAGGUAACCCAUCCAGCCAUCAGCAAAGUGUAGUCAUGACCUUUUCUAUGUGUUGCUGACCUUUUUAAAGGUAGCCCAUCCAGCCAUCAGCAAAGUGUAGUCAUGACCUUUUCUAUUAAUCCAUCUGUCUCUCAGCCAUGUAAAUGCGAACAAGAUUCAACAACUGAAGACUAAGCUUGUAUGCUGUUUCAAUAACUUAACUUAACUGUAAUUAUAUUUUCUGUCAUUGAACUUUGUGAUGUAUAUGGUGGGAAUGUUCUCUGUGUUAAUUUAAUUAGCACAAUUCACUGACAUGCUGGACUGACAUGCUAGCUGCUGUUCAGGAGUGUAAAAUUUGCUGUUGGGGACAACUUAUACAGUUGUCAAUGGUACUUUGCUUUCUAGAUUUAUUUUUUGUCUCUCAAGCAACACUGUGUGUGGCUCUUCUGUCGCUGGGGCUGUUGCUGUUUUGAAACCGCUGGCAGACUGAUACAGUUUUCUGCGUAGAAAUCAAUUUCUUGGCAGGUACCUAGGCCCACGGCAGGUAUUGUUAAGGGCGUAACUAGAGAAAAUUAAAUAGUGUCUGUUGCUGCUUUGAAAAAAGUUUUAAUUCUGAAAAUGUAAAUAGUUUAUCAUAAUAUCUUGUACAGUCCAGUGUAAAGUUUUUAAUUGAACUUUAAAAAAAGGUUGCCAUCACAUUUGUGUUCACUUUCUUCUUCAUACAGUACAAAAGGACAGCUACUUGCUGAGGAUAUUAUUGUUAAAUUUAAAAAAGGAGAAGGUACUAAAAUAUUUUAUUUUGCUUGGCUUCAAAAUGUAAACCAGCAAGUCUUUGGUUUCCAUGUGCAGUAUUGACGUGAGGUAAACUUAAGGUGAAAUAAUUCUACAGUGGUAUGUAUUGGAGACCAGUCUCCUCUGUGUUGGUAGUAUUAAUACACUAUAUCAAAUAAAAUACACCAGGUGACUGACACAUUUGGGUGUAUCUAGGCACCUUAGUAAUGUGUGCAAAUAUCUAGGUUGUGUUCCCCACAGGAUGCAUUCAGGCAUAUUGUAAUGUAACAUCAUCUUUCUGUAUGUACUCAAUCCAUUGAUGUAACAAGGCAGGAAUGGGUUGUUUAACUGCCUGUUUAAGCUCAUUUACCUCAAGAGUUUCCUCCUUUUGCGUAAAAGAGUAAGAAAUUGUGUGACAAAGUCCCACCAUCACUCCCAUCUUUUGUACUGCUGUUGACACUUACAAAUUAAAGAGACAUUUUGUUUUAAG